AAAUAUAUUAGUGAUAAAUGAAGCUGAAGGGAGCACCUUGCUCCAAGAUGCUUCUGUCCGCAUAUGGUUAACUCUCUUUGUCUCUUUCAAGCCUCAACUCUCAUAUAAACUCUUCUCCCUAUUCUCUCUUUAACUCUCUCCCUAACCCUCCACCAACAUGGCUGUAGAUCAUCAGCAAACCACCCCCAAAACACGACCUCAAAACCAUUUGGCCACCACAUUCCAAUGCCAGGCACGGCGGAGAAUCUUCCUCCGCAGGCGUAACAAGUUACCGACAGUUCGCCUCGGUGGGAAGAAGCCACGGCGAGGGUUUUUCAUAGUGAGGGUUCUGAAGAAGAUGAGACUAAAGUGGCUGAAGUUGCAAUAUAAGUGCAUGUUGAGGAAGCUUAGGAAAUAUUAUAGGAAUUUGAUUAAGGAUAUCGUUGAAGCAGGAGCAACUGUGGAGGCUUUACAGCAAAGAAUGUUCAUGGAGUCGACUUUCGCUGUCCCGGUUAUGGGUGUUUCCUUCUCUAGCUUCCUUUCUUCCGCUGGAUCUGAUCUUCCUCGACACUUGUUCUUUUGAAACUUUUUACUAUUUGCUUCAUCAAGUCCUCAACUGCCUCCUUUUGUUUUCAUUUUUCCUUUUUUUUCCCCCACUUUUUUUUGGCCUUUUGGAGGUUAAAAUCAUCAAUCUAUAUGAGAUAUAGAGAAAUGAAAAUGUACAAAUGUUUUCUUGUAAUUACUAGUAUUUUCCUUUCCAUUGCUUUUCCU